AUGAAAUUAAGUUUUACAUUCCUUCUCGUUUCCUUGUCGAUAGAUUUAUUGUGCAAUUCGAUAGGACCUUCCAUGAUUAUGAAUCCCUAUGCUUACUAUGUCAUUUUAGGAUUGCAUGCAAUAUCUUUAAUUGCUCAUGCUGUGAUUGUGUAUAUUAUUAUAUCCCGAACAUUAAUGUUUACAUCGGGUUUAAUAUUUCAAGCAUUUUUCAAACUUGUAAAGUUUUCAAUUCUGGCGUUUUUGUUUCAUAUUGGACUGAUUUGUGGAGCUGCAGCUUUUAAAAUUGUAGGUAUUUUCAAGAGAUGUGAGGAACAUUAUUCGGGAUGA